AUGAAAAUCCACUUUCGCGAACAGUACUGCUCAAAUGGGGAGGAAAUUCUCUACGUUACCCCAGAUCACCAAGAUACAGUUGUACGGGUUACGCUGAAAGGUGAACGACCAACGAUACGGAAGCGUUUUAGCAUAAAACGAUUUUUUCAACAUCUGUUCCUGCCAGUCGGAUAUCCAGACAGCGUGAGCAGCGAUUACCUGUCCUACCAAAAGUGGGACACUUUGCAGGCGUUCUGCAGCACAAUAAGCGGAACCUUAACUACACAUGCCAUUCUGAAAGGAGUCGGUGUCGGAAGCGAUGCGGUCAACCCACUUUCGGCAACCGUUACAUGGGUGCUCAAGGACGGUACGGGACAUUUGGGAAGAAUACUGUUCGCGUGGUGGAAAGGCUCGGAAUUAGAUAUCGAUUCCAAAAAGUGGCGCAUCCGCGCGGACAUACUGAACGACGUAGCGAUGGCUAUUGAUCUGUUCGUGCUACCUUACUAUCCAAAGGCGGCAACAUACAUUCUUUGCGCAACAACUACCAUGAAAGCAAUAGUCGGUGUGGCAGGUGGAGCAACACGGUCCGCACUCACACAGCACCAUGCCAUACGUGGUAAUUUGGCGGAUGUAGCAUCGAAAGAUAGCGCCCAGGAAACUUGUGUCAAUUUAAUCGCCUCCUUCGUAGGACUAUUUCUUCUAUCGUACCUGCAAAAUCAGAAGAUUUUAUAUGGUUUAUUCGCCUUCGUGACGCUGGUGCAUAUUUAUGCCAACAUUAAGGCAGUAAAAGCGGUGUGCUUGCGUACGUUCAAUGAAGCACGCUAUCUAAUUGCGCUGGAGGAGUAUUUCAAGUCAGGAAUGAUGCUGUCACCCCAGCAAGUUAAUAAGCUGGAAAGAGUUACCGUGGGUCAAACGGUAUCCCUGACGGCGCGGAUCAAGAUCGGAUGCUCCGUGCGAGAGCUGACCGAGUUUUAUCGGAAUUGUUACGAUUUGGAAAACUGGAUGGCAUGUUUUGAUUCACGGGAAAAAUUUCUAAUAGCUGAAACGCGCCACUAUGUCGGCGUGUAUCUGCACUUUACGGUAAAACCCUUGGAUAUCAUUAAGUCCUACUUUUACGUUGCUUCCUACCUGCAAGACAAAAGCCAACUGCGCGAUCGCUACUGGGAAAUACAAAACAAGUGGAACGAGUUCCUCAAUCUAGCCCAGUGCGAAGGUUGGAACUUACAGGCCCAUUUGCUCAAAACCGAUGAGUAUCGGCUAGACUGGAGGAUAUAG